CUUCUAACUUUCUCUAAAUCUAUCUUCUAUAUAUAUCCCAUAUGAGUUGGUUCAAUUUCUAAACCCAAACAAUUCAGUUUCCAAUUUCUUUUACAGGAAAGCAGAGAGGACACGUACAACAAACAAACCAGGCUUUCCUUAUUUUAUAUGAAAGCUUUAUAUAACAAGUUAUUGUUUAGCUUGUACCCAACAACUGCCAAGAGCAGAAACAAUAUCAAAGCUGUUUCCUCCAUCAGAAAUAUCAUGUCUGCAUCUAAUCAAUCCCAUGGUUUCAAUAGACCAAGAUUGGUCACCAAGAAGGUCCUAGCCACCCCCCAGUAUGAGGGCGAUGGUGCUGUUGUUAGAAGAGGCAUUGGAAGGAGUGAGCUGAAGUUCUUGGAUCCUUUUCUAAUGUUGGAUGAUUUUUCAGUGACUCCUCCUGCUGGAUUUCCUGAUCACCCGCAUAGAGGUUUUGAGACUGUUACAUAUAUGCUUCAGGGAGGCAUCACUCAUCAAGAUUUUGCAGGGCAUAAGGGUACAAUCCAUGCUGGAGAUGUGCAGUGGAUGACAGCAGGAAGAGGGAUAAUCCACUCAGAAAUGCCUGCAGGAGAAGGAACCCAAAAAGGGUUGCAGCUUUGGAUAAAUCUUUCAUCUGAAGACAAACUGAUUGAACCAAGGUAUCAAGAACUUUUAAGUGAUGACAUCCAAAGGGCUGAAAAAGAUGGGGCUGAAGUGCGAGUUAUAGCAGGAGAAUCAAUGGGAGUUAGGUCUCCAGUAUACACAAGAACACCAACAAUGUUUCUGGAUUUCACUCUGAAACCAAGAGCUCAAGUCCACCAAACCGUUCCAGAAUCGUGGAAUGCAUUUGUUUAUGUCAUUGAAGGUGAGGGAGCCUUUGGCUUGAGAAAUUCUUCCCAAGCAACUGCUCACCAUGUUCUGGUUUUGGGUACUGGAGAUGGUUUAAGCGUAUGGAAUAGGUCUUCCAAGCCAUUGAGAUUCGUACUAAUCGCUGGGCAACCGAUCAAUGAACCAGUGGUUCAGCAUGGACCUUUUGUGAUGAACACACAAGCUGAAAUUGAGCAAACAAUUGAGGACUACCACUAUUGCAAAAAUGGGUUUGAAAUGGCCAGGUACUGGCGAUCUCAAUAAGUGGGAUAAAAAAAUAAAGCCGCGAUAAAGUUUCAAAUUCCAAUUUCAGCCGAAAUCAAUUAAAAAAAAAAGCAGCAGCUUUUGUAACCAAUUAGAAGGAAACAGAAAGUUAGAUGAAAUAAAAGGGAUGUUAUUGCAAUCUUAAUCAGUCAAUAUCUCCAUUUAUAAGCAAUCAAAUGGAAUCUGAAAAUGAAGUUUUGGUUUUGUGAUAGGGGCAAGAGCUUCUAGAAAAAUCCAAAGUGCAGCUGGAGGACCUAAAGAUGGCUUAUAACAAAUGUCAUGAUUGGUCAGCUUAAUCUUAGGUUUAUCUCUUUCUUCUUUUCUUUUCUUUUCUUUUUCUUCCUCAACUAAGAUUUUCUCAACUUUUAAAAAUAUAUUUUGUGGUUGUUGAAUAAAUUUUUAUUAUUAUUUUUUU